AUGAAUUCUUUGCAAAAAAAGACUUUAUCAUGGGUAAUUGCGUUUAUAUUUGCCGCUGUUACAGGAGCUCUGAUAUUUUCCGCUGUGGAGCGUCCCAACGCCGAUAAUGAAUCAAAAAGAAAACAAGAGCUCCUGCACGAUCUAAAAAGAGAGAUGGAAAAUAAGUAUAAUAUGACUCCAUCGGACUUUGAUAACUUCACGAAGUUAUCUUGCAAGGCACUCAGCAGUGGACCUACCUGGGAUUUCGUUGACGGUCUCCAGUUUGCCUUUGAAACGUUAACAACUAUUGGUAAGUGGUAUAAUGUGAGCAUUGUAAAAGGUUCAUAGCAACGUACUAAUCUCCAACGCAACUGUUUUUGAAAACGUAGCGUGACAGACCUAGGGUAGAUUUCCAAUGUCGCGUACUUUUUACGUGCGUUAGUGCGUAAAAUUGACGUUCGCAAAAAGAAUCGAGGCAAUGUAUGAAAGGUCACAAUGCAAGUAAAAGUACAAGUUGAACCUCGCUGAUCUUCACGUUUAAGCUCCCCCGUUCCCUUGUUCCCCAAGUUCUCCUGUUCCCUUGUUCCAUUGUUUCCCUGUUCCCCUUGUUUCCCUGUUCCCUUUGUUCCCCUGUUCCCCUUGUUCCUCUCUUGCCCUUUUCCCCUGUUUCCCUUGUUCCUCUUGUUUCCCCUGUUCCCCUGCUCCCCUUGCUCCUCUGUUGCCCUUUCCCCUGUUUCCCUUGUUCCUCUUGUUCCCCCUGUUUCCCUGGUUGCCCUUGUUUUCCUGUUCCUGUUGUUCCCCUGUUUCCCUUGUUCCCCUGUUCCCCUUGUUCGUCUUGUUCCUCUGUUCCCCUCUUUCCCCCUGUUCUCCUGUUCCCCUUGUUUCCCUUGUUCCCCUUGCUAACUGCCUCGAGUGUGAAUUCACGGCUCAUUACAAGUACCAACGGAUUCAACUUUCGAAUAAUAAAUUCAUUAAUGGCAUCUUGGGGGUACGCUUGACCUGGCUUGACUGAAAGAGACAAACUGGAGUUUUGACAUGUCGGUUUUUGAGGAGAAGGGAUGGGGCGAGAACAAUCAAGAAUGUCGGUAGUUACAACUGCCAUUCGUUUUAUACUUAAUUGCACCCCGUGACGAAUUGAAUCUCUGUCUUAGGAUAUGGUGCUAUUUCACCCUCCACCAAAACUGGCCAAGCCCUGUGCAUCGUCUUUGCAAUUAUUGGUAUCCCUGUUACCAUCUUGGCUUUUCAGGCAGUUGGUGAGCUUAUUAGCCGAGGAAUAACUGUUGCUAUCACAAAGAUUGAAAAGCGAUGUUUCAGACAAGACCCAACCAACGUGGAGGCCAAGUGUACUGCUGUGACCUUUGCAUUAAUGUUAAUCAUGCUACUCUGUGGCUCUGUCAUGCAAGUUUAUUUGGAGGAAUGGAGCUUUCUUGUCGCAGUUUAUUACUGGUUAAUAACUUUCACUACCAUUGGUUACGGUGAUUAUAUAACAGGUAAAAAACAAGUGUUCUGGGGCGUUGUGUUUUUUCUUGCUUGGUGUACGCUUGGGCUGUGCGUGUUUUCCAGUGUUUUGAACGCCAUAGCGUCCUAUAUUUCAAAAAGACGACCUUGCCGAAGAGUUUGUUCUUGCUUCACUGGAGACCGAGAAAUGGAGGAUACAAACGGAAACUUACAGGACAAUGGAAAUAGUCAAGAGAAGAAAGAAAAUGGAACUAAGAUGAACGAAAGUAAAAUAAAUGGAAGAGACGAAUCCCAAAUGAUUUGUGACAGUGUCGGCGAGAACAAAGAGGAUACUGAGUAUAACAGUUCCACUUAUGUUUAA